AUGCCUAGAGAAAUAAUCACGAUCCAAGCCGGCCAGUGCGGCAACAAUGUCGGUGGCCAAUUCUGGCAGCAGCUUUGCCAGGAACAUGGAAUCAGUCAGGAUGGAAACUUGGAGGAGUUCGCGACGGAGGGCGGCGAUCGCAAAGAUGUCUUCUUCUACCAGAGUGACGAUACGCGAUACAUUCCCCGAGCGAUCUUGCUAGACCUAGAACCUAGGGUCCUCCACGGUAUCCAAUCCGGUCCUUACAAGAACAUCUACAACCCCGAAAACUUCUUCAUCGGACAACAAGGAAUUGGCGCGGGAAACAACUGGGGUGCGGGCUACGCUGCCGGUGAAGUGGUGCAAGAGGAAAUCUUCGACAUGAUUGACCGUGAAGCGGACGGUAGUGACUCGCUGGAGGGAUUCAUGUUUCUACAUUCCAUUGCAGGCGGUACCGGUUCUGGACUGGGUAGUUUCAUUCUGGAGCGGAUGAACGACCGAUUUCCGAAGAAGCUGAUCCAGACAUACUCCGUGUUCCCGGAUACCCAGUCGGCAGAUGUCGUGGUGAACCCGUAUAACAGUUUGCUUGCGAUGAGAAGGUUGACGCAGAACGCCGACUCCGUGGUGGUUUUAGAUAACGGGGCACUCUCGAGAAUUGUUGCGGACAGACUUCACGUGCAGGAGCCUUCAUUCCAACAGACGAACCAACUGGUUUCUACCGUCAUGUCCGCCUCCACCACCACCCUCCGUUAUCCCGGGUACAUGCACAAUGACCUCGUCGGCAUCAUCGCUUCCCUCAUCCCGACGCCUCGCAGCCACUUCUUGAUCACCUCCUACACGCCGUUCACGGGCGACAACAUCGAGCAGGCCAAAACGGUCCGAAAGACGACAGUAUUGGAUGUCAUGCGACGUCUGCUGCAGCCCAAGAACCGCAUGGUCUCUAUCAACCCGACGAAAUCCAGUUGCUACAUGAGUAUCCUCAACAUCAUCCAGGGUGAAGCCGAUCCCACCGACGUGCAUAAAUCCCUGCUGCGGAUUCGCGAGCGGCGAUUGGCGUCGUUCAUCCCUUGGGGCCCCGCCAGCAUCCAAGUUGCCCUGACCAAGAAAUCGCCGUACAUGCAGAACACGCAUCGGGUCAGCGGACUGAUGCUGGCGAACCACACGUCGGUCGCAACGUUGUUCAAGCGGAUCGUCCAGCAGUACGACCGCCUGCGGAAGCGAAACGCUUUCCUGGAACAGUACAAGAAGGAGAGCCCGUUCACCGACGGACUGGGCGAGUUCGACGAGGCGCGAGCCGUAGUGAUGGACCUCGUAGCGGAGUACGAGGCGGCCGAGAAAGAGACCUACCUGGACCCCGACGCUGGGAAGGAGAAGGAAAUGGGGGUUUGA